CAAAUAUGAUGCAAACUGGUUUUCUCUCGGGUUUAAAAGAUUCAGGCUUGUUUCAUCUUUAUUCGGGAAUCGGUUCAAGUUUUUCUCUCAUUUUGUUUUCAGAAAUCGGAGAUAAAACCUUUUUUCUUGCAGCUCUAUUGGCAAUGAAAUAUUCCAAACGAAUAGUAUUCUUCGGAACUUUGAUGGCACUCGUUGUUAUGACGAUACUUUCAGUAUUGUUGGGACAGUUGUUUCACAUGUUUCCCAACCAGCUACAUACUCUUCCUAUAGACGACUAUGUGGCAACUGCCUUGCUGUUUUGGUUUGGAAUCGAUAAUAUACGUGAAUUCCUUAAAGUUGACGAAAACUCAUCCGAGACAAACAAGUGGCAAGAAGACCUGUAUCAGAACAAAUAUGCUUCAGCUUCAAAAUUUCAAUACGGCAUUCUCGACUUUCGUAGUGCUGCUCUACGUCAAGCGCUACAAGUCUUUUCUAUCAUCUUCACUGCAGAAUGGGGAGAUAAAUCUAUGCUUGCUACAGUAGCCCUUUCUGCAACCCAACCACCAAUUGCCGUAACGUUAGGAGCCGCGAUGGGUCAUUUAUUGGCAACCGUCUUGGCAGUACUUGGAGGUUCCGCUAUUAGUCGGUAUGUAUCCGAAAGGUUUCUUUUCCUUCUGAGUGGAUUGUUAUUUCUUCUUUUUGCAUUUUUGACUGCUUUGAAUCUCUUUUAAAAUUUUCUGAGAGUGAGGACAGCUGUUACUCCGCUAAGCCAUUAGAGGUGGAAUCUUGCUGUGUGCCAUAUCUUUCUUCAAGCUCCAUAAAAAUAGCUUCUGGAAGUAUUCGAGAAUUCAAAGCUCCAGCUCGUUGAAAUUCAUCCUUGUCAAAGUUAAAAAGCGGAGGUAAGGCUCUUCCAUUAGGUAAUGUAGCAUCACUUUUUCGUAAUUCAUCAAAAAAUGGAUGUGCAAGUGCUUCCAUUGGUUUGAUUCGUUUUUCCGGAAGAUAUUGUAAAAG